AUGUCGCUCAACCGAAAUACCGAAGACAAGGGCCCUGUGGCACUUGGCAUUGUCAUCUCUAUGUCGGUCCUCAGCACCCUCUUCACCGCUGGUAGACUCUUCGUUAGAGGAAGAAUAUUGAAGCAGUUUCAUCUCGACGACUACUUGAUUGUCGCGUCUGUAAAGUCGGGAGCAAUACUCUGGACCAUUGCUGGCUUUCCUCCUGGUGUCAUGUCUUUUGGACUCCCGAAGCUUGCUGUUGUCGCGCUCCUCACACGGAUCAUGAAUCCUAGCAAAUGGCAUGCUCUUUUCCUGUGGUUCAUCGCCUCAUUCUGUCUCAUCAACUUGAUUGGAUGCGUAAUCAUUCUUUUUGCCCAAUGCCAACCUUCUCAUUCGCAGUGGGACUUUUCAGUCACAGACAAGACGUGCUGGGACAAGUGGAUUCUGGUUUACUUUGCCAUCUACUCUGGAGGCUUCUGCGCGUUUGUAGACCUUUACUUGGCCAUCUAUCCAGCCGUCGUCCUCGCGAAGCUACAGAUGAGUCUCAUCGAUCGUUGCUACAUACAAAUGCUCUCGGCUUCCAAGUCUCGCAAGCUUGGACUUCUCAUAGUCGAGGGCAGCACGAUGAUCAUUGCCGCAUGUAUUCCCGUACUCCAACCCCUCGGCGAGCUCAUCUUUGGCAAGCGCAUUUUCAGUUCUAGUGGAGGACGGUAUACGUAUGAGAACUAUGGUUCGGGUCAGAGUGGUCAACAUCGAUCCGAUAUUGAAAUGUCUCGAUCAAAGGAAGUGCAGAAAAGAGUAGCUAGAAGGCAACACGACGCUGCUGCGAUCAGCUUUGACGAUAGGGUAACAACAACGACGGUCACAAAGGGAAGUCAAGAGAGCAUUCUGCAAGGAAAAAACAUGUACAGAAGUAUUGUAAGAACGGACUUAAUCAGCAUCAGUAUUGAGUCGAGCAAGCCUUGA